UGGGCGGCAAAACGGUUUUGUGACCGGAACACCGGAAUUUAUCAGAAAUCUGCGUUUUAUAUCAACUAUCGAAAUGUGUGCAGUGCAAAAUCUUCAAAACUUCCCUUCCAAUAUCCCCCCGAGUCCAUUGCGGCUGCACUAUCCGGAGUUGAACUUAUCCCGCGAACUACCCCAUCACCAUCCCGCAGGGCAGCAUGCCCGGGACGACUGCACUCGUGACGUGAUGGUGCCGGUAGCGGAGCCCCUGUCCAAGCGCAUCAUGAGCAUUCUGAUCGAGCUCGGUCCGGUCGAGGCACUGCGCGAGGCCACGGGCUCCAACUCGAAGCUGGUCUCUUCAACGGCACGUUAUCUGUUAACAUUCGGCGAUCGUAUUGGGAAGCUUUUCCUCUCCUACCCGUGCCAGACGUCGCUCGAGCUGGUGGCCAAACACUCACAGACUCGCAACUGGUCCAAAAGUGCAAUCCGUGGUCUCUGUUGGCAUCCGACGACUUUCAAAUUGGCCGUUGCCACCGUCGACGAUAGCGUGCGUCUGUUCACCACCAACACACAAGUGACGCUGCUGCUAAAGAAUGGGCUGCAGAAGGGGAUCACCUGUAUGGCCUGGCGUCCCUUCACCAGCGGUGAGCUUGCCAUCGGUUGUCUGAACGGAGUACUGCUGUGGUCCGUCGAUCCAAACAGUUUGAUUGCAAGACCGCUUACACCACCGACGCAGCUGGUACAUGGAAAGCAUCGACCAGUGACUUCGGUGAGCUGGACAAAGGAUGGCCAGCAGCUGAUAACGGCCAGUGUUGCCGAUGGCACGGUGGUUGUCUGGAAAGUUGACCAACAGCGUGUUUCGGUGACGCACCGGGUAGGGAUGCCGUGUGCCUUUGCCAGCUGGUCACCGAACUCGAGCCACCUGUUAGUGACGACCAUUGGGAAAGCGUUCUAUCUGUGUAACGUGCAGAGCAGACUGCAGCGACGGCCGUGGAUGUCCUGGGAUACACCGCACGGAUCGAUCCAAUCUUUUGCCUGGUCUCGUGACGAUCGACACAUCCUGUUCGUCACCACCGGAGAUAAGCUGCUAUUCUACUCGCCUGUAGCAACUCGAGAAGGUCUGGACGCCACCAACAACCGUGCCUUUCAGCUGAUCGACCUGACUGAAACCACGACGGACGAUGGAUCGGAAAUCGGCGGACUUCCGCAGGCCAUUGUGUGGUGUCCGCUUGAUCGGUACUUGGCCAUAUCGUUCAAACACUCUCCCACGAUUGCCGUUUUCUUCACAGCCCUCCGGGGACAGCAGUUCAGCGUCGAACCGUACUGUUUCCUUUCCGGGGGCAGCAUGGAGUAUCCUGCCUGUAUAGCGUUCCAGGAAAAUUUCCAAGCCGAAUCGAUCGCUUCGGCACAGUCCGUCCUUACGAUCGGUUGGUCAUCCGGCAGGAUCGAAUACUGUCCGCUCAAGUGAGGAACCGAUCUCCGGAGAUUGGCACCGAAGCGAAAGAAAGGAUUUUACUCAUAAUUUGAAGCACUCAGACUCGUAACAGUGAGGGCAAAUAAAUGGAUCCCAUGUGGUGGCCAAAA